AUGGUGACAGGUGCCCCGGAGUCCAAGGUGUGGCGCGUGGUGGGUGCCCGGCUCCUGCUGUUUCCCUCCCAAGUCCUGGAAUUUAACACGUGCUCCUUCUGGGAGGUCUGGGACUUUUCCAGCCAGCUGCACCCAGGAAAGCUCCUCUCCACCCAGGAAAGCGCCUCUCCACCCAGGAAAGCUCCUCUCCACCCAGGAAAGCUCCUCUCCACCCAGGAAAGCGCCUCUCCACCCAGGAAAGCGCCUCUCCACCCAGGAAAGCUCCUCUCCACCCAGGAAAGCUCCUCUCCACCCAGGAAAGCCCCUCUCCACCCAGGAAAGCUCCUCUCCACCCAGGAAAGCUCCUCUCCACCCAGGAAAGCGCCUCUCCACCCAGGAAAGCUCCUGUCCACCCAGGAAAGCUCCUCUCCACCCAGGAAAGCUCCUCUCCACCCAGGAAAGCGCCUCUCCACCCAGGAAAGCUCCUCUCCACCCAGGAAAGCGCCUCUCCACCCAGGAAAGCGCCUCUCCACCCAGGAAAGCGCCUCUCCACCCAGGAAAGCUCCUGUCCACCCAGGAAAGCUCCUCUCCACCCAGGAAAGCUCCUCUCCACCCAGGAAAGCGCCUCUCCACCCAGGAAAGCUCCUCUCCACCCAGGAAAGCGCCUCUCCACCCAGGAAAGCGCCUCUCCACCCAGGAAAGCUCCUGUCCACCCAGGAAAGCUCCUCUCCACCCAGGAAAGCUCCUCUCCACCCAGGAAAGCGCCUCUCCACCCAGGAAAGCUCCUGUCCACCCAGGAAAGCUCCUCUCCACCCAGGAAAGCGCCUCUCCACCCAGGAAAGCGCCUCUCCACCCAGGAAAGUGCCUCUCCACCUCCCCUGCCCCCUCUUGGCCUCUCACUCCUGGUUCCACCCGUCCUCAGCUCUGGGCCUGCGCUCCUCCAACCGCUGUGACAGUUCCUCCCAAUUUCUUGGCACUCCCCACUCCUGGCGGAACGUUUUACUCCUUGCUCUCCUUCCUACUGGAGGGCACAUGCUUCCUAGAUGGCCUCGUGCAGGUAGGUGCUGGAGGGCAGGACAUGGAAGUCAUGUGGCAUCUCGGCUGCCCAAGUUCCCAGUACAGGCGCUCAGAACCCCUGAGCCCAGGGAGCUCCCACAGGGCUCAUUGUCCUCUAGGGUCUUUGCCAGCCAAGGGCAAGGCUGGGUGAGGAUGGAAAGAAGCAGCCCCUCCCCACCACACACCCAAAGCGGGGAGAGGCCAGGAUUCAGCAGCGUCUAGGGGUGGGCACAGCACCGCUACGGGGACCCAGUGCUGAGGCCCUAGUUCCCACUCCGGGGCAGCCUGAUGGUCUCUCCCCAGUCAGGGUCCCAUGUGGCCUGGUGGUCUCUCUUUAGUCGGGGUCCCAUGUGGCUGGUGGUCUCUCCCCAGUCGGAGUCCCAGUGUGGCCUGGUGGUCUCUCUUCAGUCGGGGUACCCUGCAUAGGGGUUGCAGCAUCUCCCAAGGGCCAGCCCCACCCUGACAACUUCUUCAGCCAGGAUGGGGUCCACACUCCUUGAAGAGGGUUCCCGGCUUCAACACCCUCUAGCACCAGCCUCACGCCACCCACGUCCUGGCCUGGGACCCCGCAGAGGCCUCCUGAGGGUCUGUCUUUUGGGGGGUGAGCUGGUUCUGCCUGUGGUGUGGUCUCCUGGCACCUGCCUUUUUGGCUGUGAUGUGUCCCUGGCAUGGGGCCUGCUUCUGACUCUUUGGAGGGAGCAGGCUCCUCAAGGGUGGCACGCUCUCCUGUUUGGGUGCGCAGGAGUGUGUGGGGGCCCUGGAGCUGAGCUGUGGCCUGUGCUGUCACCACCUGAGGUGGCAGGGCAGGGCCCGGCGCCACCAUAGCUCCCAACAGAAGCUGCCUGGGCCUGGGUUGGCUUGGACUUCUUGGCCUGGCAGUUCCCCGGCACUUCCCACCCAGCCCAGCUGCAGGACCACGGAGGUCUGUGCUGUCGGAGCUCCAUCUCUGAGGGGUCAGUGGCUCAGGACCCAGCACGACCCAGACUCCAGAGCCAGGACCCACAGUCCCCCUGACAUGGGGGAGAUGGCGGACCCUGUGGACUGCGCCACCCAUGGCCUCUCCCCAGCCCACAGUGGCAUGCUCUGAGGGGCUGCUCCCCUUGGAAUGGUCCCUUCCUCGAGGCAGCUCUGGCCUGGCUUCAAGACGAGGGCUCUGGGAACAGGUGGCCCUGGGUGGCUGACCACAGCAGACCAGGCCUGUCUUUGGGAAGCUGCCCUCUCAGCUCAUGUGCUUCAGGCAUGCUGGGUGGAGGGGACUAUGCCUCAGCCGCCCUGCAGGACCACAUAGCAGCCGUCCGUGGCGGGAGGGGGCAUUGCCUUCUGACUCACGGAAGAAGCGGCUGCUCUCAGCUGCCUUCACCCCCAGAGGCGGCUCUGCAAUCCUGAGGUUUGUGGCCCUGAGCUUCCAACUGAGAUCUGCAGGGGGCUAAGGCCUUGGCCCAGGCGCCAGGGAGGGCAGAACCUCAAGGUGGUGGCCAGGACGCAGGACAGAGUGUGGGGGGCUUGCCCAGCAGGCCCCGGGGCCAAAGCGGCUCUUGGAGAUGAUGACGAAUCACAGUUCCUGAGCAGGCACCUGAAUCUGGAUGAGUUUUCAGGGGAAGGCAGGAAAGUGGCGUCAUUUGAGGCUUGAGAUUGACUGCAGCCUGGCAGAGAGGAAGUGGUGGCGGGAAGGGAAGCUGCCGGCAUCCCAGCCAGGGCUCUGUGGCCCAUGUGUGGCAGCAUGAAUCACAGCUGCGUUAUGAAACCAGGAGGUGACCCACAGGGUGCCCUGGCUCAGCUGUUGCUGCUGUGAGACGCACAGAUGGAGUCAGGUGGGUGCCCUGGAGGAGUCUGUGGGGCCCCCUGGCAGGGACAGUGAGUGGCCUGGGCCAUGGAGGGCCAUGAAGAGCAGGUGUCCUGUGCCCCUCCUGUGUCCUGUGGCACAGGCCCAGCACCAGGGCUGUGCUUCUCACCUCGAGGCCUCAUACCCUUUGCGGUUUGUCUCUGAGCAAGGGACGCUGUAGGGAUGGCCAGGAGCAGUGUUGGCUCCACACUGGGACCCUGGUCUGGCUGGAGCUGCUGAGCGUCAGCACCCCCCUCGCCACCCAGCUCUGCCCAUAUGUGGCCGUCACUCCUGGGCUUCACCUGGGAAACGUCAUUUGAGGCAGCUCAGCUUUUCCAUAUCUGGCGGAAGUCACGUUUCUUUCUGCUGGAGACUGGCAGGGUCUGUGCUUCCAGUAUGGGAAGCUUUGGGAGGCAGUCGGCCGACCUCUCCUAUGGCCACUGUGCCUGAGGCAGGCACUGGGGUGGGAGGGAUUCUCACGGAUGUGGCCAUGUGCCGCCCAGCAGGCCUGGAGUGAGUGUCUCUGUGCAGUCAGCACAUCCCUUGAGAGUCCUGCAGGCUGCAGCUGGAGGAGGCAGGUGUGGCAAGGAGCUUCCUGCAUGCAGGAGAACUGGAGACCCCUGGUGAAAGAGCCAGUAUGCACCUGCAGAUCCAGGCACAGCCCCAUGAAGCCCAUCAAGGCUGAUUUACACCACAGAGCUGGGUAUGCACUGAGAACCAGGUGUGCACAGAGAGAGCCAGGUGUGCACUGAGAUACAGGCGUGGACAGAGAGAGCAAGGUGUGGACAGAGAGCCAGGUGUGGACAGAGAGAGCCAGGUGUGGACAGAGCCAGGCAUGGACAGAGAGAGCCAGGUGUGGACAGAAAGCCAGGUGUGGACAGUCAGGUGUGCACUGAGGUCCAGGGGUGCACAGAGAGCCAGGUGUGGACAGAGCCAGGUGUGCACUGAGGUCCAGGGGUGCACAGAGAGCCAGGUGUGGACAGAGCCAGGUGUGCACUGAGGUCCAGGUGUGCACAGAGAGCCAGGUGUGGACAGAGAGAGCCAGGUGUGGACAGAGAGAGCCAGGUGUGGACAGAGAGCCAGGUGUGGACAGCCAGGGUGGACAGAGAGAGCCAGGUGUGCAUUCACAGAGCCGGGUGUGCACCCACAAAGCCAGGUGUGGACAGAGAUCCAGGUGUGCACCCACAGAGCCAGGUGUGGACAGAGAGAGCCAGGUGUGGACAGAGAGAGCCAGGUGUGGACAGAGAGCCAGGUGUGGACAGCCAGGGUGGACAGAGAGAGCCAGGUGUGCAUUCACAGAGCCGGGUGUGCACCCACAAAGCCAGGUGUGGACAGAGAUCCAGGUGUGCACCCACAGAGCCAGGUGUGGACUGCAUAUCUCAGUGCUUAUGUGGAGUGUUGGGCUGUUCUGGUGCUGCCCAGGAUCCUGGCCCUCUGGCUGUCUUCUGUGCAUAUGAGGUUGGCAGAAGGUUUUCAGCUCUGGCUGUAGGGCAGCAGUCUUGCCAGCCAGCACCCCCAGGUGAUAAGAGCUGGUGCCCACAGGUGCUCAGCAAACAUCUGCAUUUUGGGGGUGGCUGGAGAGAAUGAAGACCAUGUCCUCUCUGCUGGGCUCCGCACAUGCCCUUUCCCAGUCCUUCAGCCACAGGGAGUCCAGGCAGCAAGAGCGCCAGGUCGCCGGCACCCGACUGCCUCCUGCAGAAGCGCCAGCACCUGCUCCUCAUCCUCUAGCCACAGUUGGAGCCCGGGGUCUGUGUGUCCUGGCCGCUGGGUCCCCACUGGUAAGGCAGACACCAGCCAUGGAGGGAAUGGGGUGGUGGAGGCUGGGGAGAUGGCAGGGAGGUAUGCGGGCUGGAGGGCUUGAGACACAGCAGCCCACCCUCUGCAGUGCCACGGCCUGCCCCUCAGAACACUCUCAUUCUUCGUGCUGAAGGGAGCUGGGGCUUGGCAGCCUGGGUGACAAAUGGGUGCUGUCAGCUCAGGGCUCUGCCUCGGAACAGCCACCCAGAGGCCGCGCCUGUGGGGGUGGGGCUGGGCCACAGGCUGAGGGGACACAGAUGGACAAGGUCAGGCCUCCUUGGGGCAGCACCAGACAUGUCUCCCACUCAGACUGGCUGCCCAGGUGCCCAGGGGCAGAAGCCACUUCCUCAGAGGCACAGGGGAUGUGGCACUGGGGCUGGGAACUGCUGGCGCAUAGUGGGACCAUGCGGACGCUGGAGUCCUAGGAUCCUACAGAUAUAAGGCUGAGUCGAUUUAGCAAAGGCAAAGCGGGGUUCGCAGCCCCAGACUCCAGGGUGUCAGCGAGCAGCCGGGAGGGGCGCCUCCGGCCAUUCGUCACUUCUCCUGGCUGGAGGGUGCAGGCCCUGGCCGCGGGGAGCCCCUCAGACCCCACAGCUUCUCAGAUGCGCACACCCACCGUCAUUGCCAAAGUCUUGGGACAGGAGGCACGUGGGUGGCUGGGCAGCAGCGUGUGGAGGCCGUGUGGGGCAGUGGCAGGAGCCCAUGUGGCAGUGGGGUGGCAGGCAGGGCCCUGGCCAGGAGAUGCGGUGGGGUGGCAGGCGGGGCCCGGGCCAGGAGAUGCGGUGGGGCGCAGGCAGUCGCUGAGGGAGUGGCAGGGCUGCUUCCACAGGGUGGGAAAUCCAGGGAGGGAGGAGGUGAAAGAGCUUGGCCUGAUCUAUCUGCAGGCUGCAUUUUACCAAAGCGCCGUCCCUUGUAUCUGGGAACAAAACCCACGCCCCUUCCCCGCUCAUCUAACAGGAAUCUCUGUCGUUUAGAACUU